GUAAAAUUAGGAGAAACUAAUCGCUCAUACCGAUUGCUACAGUCCCGCAAUCAUCCACUCAAGUGGAUCUUUGCCGUUCUUGCACGAGAUGUACAAUCCUUGCGUUGCGGGACUCUUCCUCCAACGCUUCUGGCCAGAAGGGAGGGGAGUGGGGCAGACAGUAAUAGUCAGGAAAUCUUUGCUCUCAAGCGCAUGCCGUGUUGUAGGCUUGAUGGCUACGGAGGUUUUGCUCCACUUGUGCAAAGGAAAUGAGUUCGGCAGGGAGCUUGUGCCGGAUGGUGAUGGUGGGUGACGUCCACAAAUGGGUCACAUUCUCCGGCCGCUGAUGUGUACCACUGCUAGGAGAUUGGUUGCACAGUAGCGCUCUGAAGUGAAAGAUCAUUGAUGCAGAGACCUCUCCACUAUGACCUUACGUUAUGUUCGGGAAGCAUAUUUCCGAGUUGGGCGCCUAAGCUACCAAGUGAACUGCCUCGGUCGCGGAGGGACAUAGUGUGAUGCUUGAUUUUGGUAAUGAGGUUUUGUUUCUUUCAAGUGCGGAAUGUUCAUCAAGGGUGAGCACCAGAAGUGGCCUUGAUGAGUCUUGAAGUGCAUCGAUUAAGUGUAUCUUUUCGGAUAUUUUACACGUUGAAUCCUCUGAAGGAGGAUGAGGUAGUACACAAUCAUGUCAGACUACUUGCAGCAGGCAAACGAUGUUUUGAAAGAACUGCAGAAUAUUCGUGUGAAACUGAACUUGGAGCAGUGUAAGUUCUUGAUGGCAAAACUCGCGGAUGCUAUAAAAGAUGUGAAUAGACGUGUUCGCCGUGCCGAUAGAGAAUUUGACCUCGUCCUGAGUGAGCUCUAUCGCGUGACUCUGAGAGUGUGGAGCCUUUUGCUUGACUGUUGCUAUUGCACUCAAGAUAGUUGUCUUUUAUCACGGAUCAUAGCUGCCAGCCAAGUGACGGACAGCAGGCAACGAUUUCUCAAGCUUCAUGCCGAGCUGAAAUGGUGUCUAUUCUUGAUCAGCUGCAUUGUCAAAGCUCCCAGGCGACCAUCACUGGGGGAUUUUAACUGGGACAAAACUGUAGACUCGAUUGCCAAUGACAUCACUUUCAUCAACGCUGCAAAUACCGAUUGGAUACAUUUAGUAAAGCUGCUGAAGGAGAGCUUUAAGGAGCUGGGUGAUCAUCGUGUAGCAUGCAAGUGUAUGCUCUCUCGUUUGGGAGAAAGGGUGGAUUCGAAAUGGGAGUUGGGCAUUCCUCUUGUCACCAACCGAACUUUGCUCGAGGAUGGCCAAGGAGGGCAGGGAACCAUCGACGUCGUGACUUGGAAGGAUAAGGUUUUAGUGGAGAAGACUUUCAAUGAUCUCACCGAUGGGGAAGUUUUCAGAAAGGAAGCGGACUUUCUUGGAAGAUUUAGUCAUCCUCAUAUAUUGAGCAUGAUAUGUUCUUACGAGCAACCAGAAGGAUACGGCCACAUCAUGAUGGAGAAAUUCUCCAAGGAUCUUCAUGCUUACAUACGUAAUAGAAAGUCGCCAUUAGCGCCAUUGGAAGCUGCAGAAAUCAUUCUUCAGAUCUCUGAAGGUAUGCACUACUUACACACUGUACAAAAGGUGGCACACAGAGGCUUGAAGCCAAAAAAUGUGUUGGUGAAGGAAUAUCCUGUAUUGGUAGUAAAAGUUAGCGAUUUUGGGUUGGCGAAGGUGACGGAAUCAAUAUCUGCCAGGUCGGAACAGACAGCCAAUUGCGGCACCACUUUGUACAGAGCUCCGGAAAUGUUUGCCAUCCCUGGUCAAGAGCCUCACCAUGAAUGUGAAUUUAUAAGCGGAGCCAAGUCUCGGAAUCCCUGGUGUGUGAAUGCGAAUGCUUUCAAGGCGGAUGUUUACAGCUUCGCUGUCACUUGCUUUUUUAUUCUGACGGGUGAAGAGCCAUACAGAGGGCACAGGUUAGGUGUACUAUACGACGUAGUAAAAGUUAGAGGCCUAAGGCCAGUGCUGCCUGCUUCUUGUCCACCAAUUUUGUCGUGGCUUAUUGAGAGAUGCUGGCAUCCAGAUUCAUCCCAGAGGCCGUCAUUCUCUGAAAUCUGCGAAGUACUAAGGACACUAAAAGCUAUUCUUCUCACAGGAGGUAGUGGCUUUCUGGACAAACCUGGAGUGGAAGAUCUAGCAGAAUCAGGUUUAAUAACUCUACUAACGCCAGAAAAGUAUACAGCAAAUAAGAGAAUCCUUGUGGUCGGUAGGUCAGAUUCUGGCAAAGAAAACCUCAUUGAUCUUGUUUGUGGUUUUAGGAAUGGGUCUGUGAAUGACGCCAAAUCAGGUCGAUGGACUCCUGAUUCGUCUAUGUGCCUUUUAAACACUGGAGAUCUUGAAAGUAGAGGCCAAUUGGAUUUUUUAAAAAAUCUUAUCAUGAGCAAGAAUGGAGCAUGGACCUCAAAGUCUAUGAAGCGGCAAUGGUAUUCAGCUCUCCAUCCCUGGAAGCGAGUGGAGCAGGAGGAUUCGUUGGCUUACAGUAACAGGAUUCAUUUGCUGUGGCUUGUCUACUCAGUGGACAACUCUCCCGGUCCGGAAUUCACCAAACUAAAGAAUCUUUGUAAUCUCCCGAUCCAAAUAGUGAUAACCCAGAAGGACGAGAAGCACGAUCCCAAUGGUAGCUUGUACCAUAAAAAUUUCCAUGCUAGGGAAGCGUCCUCUUUUCCUAAAGAAAGUCAAGUCGAGUUGAAGAAGAAAAUUGUGAAAGUGAAUUUUGCGCAUUUUACACAAGGUGAUGAUCUUCGCACUCAGCUCUGGAAUUCUUGUGAGGCAGCUCAAACGAAAGCGGACAUCAAAUUUGUCUCGUAGAUCAUUUCGUGGGUGUACAAAAAACUGGGACGUAAAGGAUUCGUCGUCUCUAGGCCCGAUGUUACGCCUUUAGGGCGGGAAUAUUCUUUGACAAAAAGCGCUGUGUUUGUUUUUCAAUUCUUGUGCGAUUGGUGGGAUGUACCGUCUGAAUUAGCAGCUGUGUUAAAAGCUAAAAUCAAAUCCUUGGACCGAGUGGCUGUCAGCGGCGCAAACUAUAUAGAGAUACGAAGCGGUGAAGAAUUUGUGUUAUUCUGUGUUCGUUGCGCUGGUUUUAUACUUUACAGCAAAGGGCUGCAUCCGAACGGCUGGUUAUCUGCUGAUACAUCCCCGUUUUACUCAACCUGGGAUGCAGAAGUGAGCGCCUAUUUUUGUUCUCAUUCAGAGGAAUUGGGUGAGUGGCGGUUUGAUGAGAGUACUCUGAGUCGUUGGAAUCUGGUAUAUACUUGCCUGCAAGAACUUCUUCAGCAUGCUUAUGACCAAGGUGUUAGCUUAGGACAGCAGCUUAAACAUCCUUGUCCUCCUCCUGGCCCGGUCCCUCCUCGUCAGCUCUAUGAUGCCCUUCGACCUGUUCCUGAACCCCAACCAAAAAGAACAUUCCUUAUUUUUUUUCUCUCAAGCUGCUUUCAAGUUCUUCAAAGAUUUUUUAGAAGAAUGCCGUUUUGGUGAUUGAAGUUGCAGCAUUGGUCAGUUCAAGUGAGGCUUUAAAGCUGAGUCAAUCCAAGUGAACCACGUCGACAGCCUUAUCACAAUCUCCGCUAUCUCAUCGCCGCACAGUGAGUAUGGUUAGAGGGCGUGGUUACACACUGCAAUCUUGGAAUGCUUGGUGAGGCAUUCCGCACUUGUCGAUUGAGUUGCAGGUAAAGAUGAGGAAACUUAAUAGUUUUAUUCAACUCUUCAAGCUUCUGGCGUAGUCAGAGCAUCCAACUCUUUACUCCCUCCCUUCCAAGAGCACUUACUGUGUGGACGAUUCGUACCAGCAAAUCAGCAUAUUUAGUAAGGGAAUGUUUACUUGAUAUUCGCAGAUGUAUUUUGUCUUCACAAAAGUGGUUUAGACACAGAGAUGAACACGUUUCUGUAUCGCCGUUCUGGAGAGUUCAUAUGAGCUUGUGAUUUUAUUAGGCCCUUUGUUUCAACCAGAACAAGAUGUAUGAUCUUGUCAGUGUGCCUUGGUAGUGCUUUCAUGGUAGUUUGAAAAUAUUUCUGUUCUUAUCUCCAUGUAUCGUUGAGCAGGGUGGGAGUUCAUAUAUGCAGUGGAUUCAGCAGCUGUUGGUACGGACAGAGCAUGUGCAGGUAAGCGAACAUAAAUCUAGACAAACCUGUUGAUCGAGGCUGGAAGUAAUAGGGAAGCUCUUAAUCUCCUUGGACAUUGGACUUUGAGAGUUAAGGUUAGCUUUAUGUUAAUUACGUUGCCUAAGUGAUAAUUUGUCACUUUAAGCCUGACCCUCUUGUGGUGUGGUCAUUCUUGGUGUAGAAACCUUCCUUCAUGGGCGUACCUAUCACUCUUAAGUAGCUUAGCAUUUCAGGACUUGCUUUGCAGCCAUAUGGUCAAAAAUGUAGUUGGGUCAGAGAGCAGUCCAUGCCUUUUCCUUCGCAUAUAGGUUCUGUAACAAUGAAACAACUGGGACAGUAAAAUCAAAGUUCUCAAAUGAACUUGACUGUUCGCCCGGUGCAGACUUCAAUCACUCAACCAUUUCAGGUGCAUAACACUGUUCCCAGCUAUUAGAUUUCCUUGUCCUCCUCAUCAAGCAACUGUAGCAAGCAAUGUUUCAACCUCUCAUUAUCCCUAUUUCAUGCAGUCACGUUGCUUGCAAUGGACCACAACUCAACGUGUCGAAACUUUGCAGAAUCAUGGAGGAAUUGUGGUUAGUCACAAGCCUAAUCAGCAUGUGGAUGUUUCAGAGGGCCUGAAGCCAAUGCAUUGACUCUUCAAGUCAGAUGCCAGCAUAGAUUGCUGAUUUUAUUGUAUUGAGUUACAUUUAUAUUGUACACCAUUACAUCCAAUACAACAUAUUCAGUAAUCCAUGUUUCAUCUA